AUGAAAACCACGAGCCCAAUCCUCGUGGUAUUCCUCAGCAGCAUCUUCGCAACUCUAUCAAGUCUGGCCAGCUCAUCGGUCAUAUCAUCGGACCUCGAAGGUCGAUGCGAAGAAAUUACGAUACCCAUGUGUCUCGGCAUAGGCUACAAUAACACCAGGAUGCCAAACGAACUUAACCACGAAAGCCAAGAAGAGGCCGGUUUGGAGGUACACCAAUUUUGGCCUUUGGUAGAGAUACGUUGCUCUCCAGAUCUGAAAUUCUUCCUUUGCUCGAUGUACGCUCCGAUUUGUUUGGAGGACUUCCUCAAACCGUUGCCUCCAUGCAGAGGAUUGUGUUACAGAGCAAGAGCUGGUUGUGAGCCUAUAAUGACACAGUACGGCUUCAAAUGGCCCGAACGGCUGGAAUGCGAAAAUUUUCCAGUACAAGAUGGCGAAAUUCUCUGUAUGGACCAACCGGCACAAAGCAACGCUUCAUCGACCACCAAACCUAGUACUAAUCGCAAACCACUUAAACCAUGCAAGAACGGUUCAAAAAACUGCACAAUUCCCCAAGGAGACCCAAAAAGAAAAGAGUGCAAAUGCCAGUGUCAACCACCGCUCGUUUCCAUGGGGAGAGAAAUUCCACCGGUCACAAACAGAAGCGUCGCAGGCAUCGCAAAUUGUGCAUACCCGUGCAAGGAAACCUACUUCAACCCAGACGAAAAAGAGUUCGCCACCAUAUGGAUAACGCUGUGGUCGGGUCUGUGCGCCGCCUCCACUUUAAUGACUCUCACCACGUUCUUCAUCGAAACAGAAAGGUUCAAAUACCCUGAGAGGCCGAUUGUCUUCCUAUCUGCGUGCUACUUCUUGGUAUCGGUCGGUUACUUACUGCGAGUAGGCUUCGGACAUGAUGCAGUGGCUUGCGAAGGGAAGAUAAUACGUUAUUCAUCAACGGGUCCAAGUAUUUGCACAACGGUAUUCCUACUGGUAUACUUUUUCGGUAUGGCUUCGUCAAUCUGGUGGGUUGUUUUAUCGCUAACGUGGUUCCUAGCAGCUGGAUUGAAAUGGGGAAACGAAGCUAUCGCUAGUUAUGCUCAAUAUUUCCAUAUAGCAGCCUGGUUGAUACCUACCUUUCAAACUUUAGCAGUACUGCUAUCUGGAGCUGUCGACGGAGAUCCUGUAUCAGGAAUUUGUUACGUCGGCAACAUGAAUAUGGAUAAUUUAAAAACUUUCGUACUAGGACCUUUGGUAAUCUAUCUAAUUCUCGGUACUAGCUUCUUAAUGGCUGGGUUCGUAUCUCUAUUUAGAAUUAGGAACGUAAUUAAGAAACAGGGUGGUGCUGGUGCUGGUUCCAAAGCAGAUAAAUUAGAAAAAUUGAUGAUACGUAUAGGUAUUUUCAGCGUGCUAUAUACGGUACCAGCCACGAUAGUAAUUGGAUGCCAUUUAUACGAGAGUACCUUCCACGAAGAAUGGAUGCGAAGCUUGGCUUGCACUUGUCCAUCCAAUAUGAUAUCAAUGAAAGAACGCCCUAUAUAUUCAGUCUUAAUGCUCAAAUACUUCAUGGCUUUAGCCGUCGGUAUAACUUCAGGCGUCUGGAUUUGGUCUGGAAAAACUGUGGAUUCCUGGAGGCGGUUGUCUAGAAGAAUAGUUGGAAGAUCAGAUCUAUCAGGAGCCAACGCAUCGUUGAUAAAGAACCGCAGUAAACCUCCACCUCCGGGGUUCCUGAUGGCUGGGCCUGGUAGCGCUUCGCUGCUGGGACCCACCGGUAGCGUAGCCUCGGCUAGCCAACACCAUUUGCACCAUCACGUUCUGAAGCAGCCACCGCUUAGUCACGUAUGA